AUGCCGUCCUUUGUGACAAUGGAGUCUUGCAAAAGGUACGUGCUGCUCAUUGUUCUCGUUCUUUUUUCUUUCGUUCGUAACAUAUCGACCUCAGUGAAUCAUUAUUCAAUACCAGAGGAAAUGAAAGAAGGGUCAGUUGUAGCAAACCUUGCUACUGAUCUCAGCCUGGAUGUGAAAACACUGAAUCAGAGGAAGAUGCGUCUUGACCUCAUUGCAAACAAGAAAUAUCUGGAUGUGAACAAAGAGACUGGUGAGCUGUAUAUUGUUGAGAAGAUUGACAGAGAAUAUCUUUGCCCUACAAAAUCGUCAGCUUCAUGCUACCUUAAACUGGAAGUAAUACUAGAAAACCCAUUACGAAUUUUUAACAUAGAAGUAGAAAUCUUGGAUAUGAACGACAACGCCCCACAGUUUCGAAGAGACGCUAUACAUUUAGACAUAUCUGAAUCGACGCCAAAGGGGGAGAGAUUCUCUCUCAGCAAUGCAGUUGAUCCUGAUGUUGGAAGCAAUUCAGUGAAAACAUACCGUCUGAGUGAAAGUGAACAUUUUAAUAUUGAAGUUCAGACAGGAAGAGAUGGGUCGAAGUUUGCUGAUUUAAUCUUGACAAAGACAUUAGACCGGGAGCAGCAGGGUGUUCAUAAUUUAAUACUUACAGCUGUAGAUGGAGGCAAGCCUGCUCGUUCUGGCACUGCCAGUGUUAUUGUUCGAGUAUUGGACACCAAUGACAACGCUCCUGCUUUUGACGAAUCGAUCAAUACUGUUAAAAUAAUGGAAAAUUCUCCCAUCGGAAGCCUUGUUAUUCACCUCAAUGCAACAGACUUAGAUGAGGGGUCAAAUUCUGACAUAACUUAUUCAUACAGUUUAUAUACAUCAGAGAAAACGCAAGAAACGUUUAAUCUGAACCCUUCCACUGGUGAAAUCACCGUCAAGGGAAUGCUAAACUAUGAGGAUUUUAGGAUUUAUGAUAUGGAAGUUAUAGCAACCGACCAUGGAGCCAAUAGUUUAUCAGGACAAUGUACCAUAAAGAUUCUGGUUGAAGACAUGAACGACAACCACCCGGAAAUAUCUAUCAAGUCAUUUCAGAGUCCAGUCAGUGAAAACAUAGAAUUGGACACAGUGAUAGCUGUAGUUAGUGUCAGUGAUAAAGACUCAGGGGACAAUGGAGUGGUGGAUCUUCAUAUUCCAGGUAAUAUGCCUUUCAAACUGAGAGAAUCCUCCGAUAACUAUUAUGAAUUAGUGGUGUCAGAGCCGUUAGACCGUGAGAAGGUCGCAGAAUAUGACAUCACUUUCACUGUCACAGACAGAGGUUCUCCUCCUUUAUCUGACAAUGAAACUAUGACUUUAGAGCUGCUGGAUGUUAACGACAAUGUUCCACAGUUCCCGCUGUCGUUUUACACCAUACGUGUAAUGGAGAAUAACGCACCCGGGGCCUUGCUGAGUUCACUCACGGCUUUUGACCCCGACCUCCAUGAAAACCAGUAUCUAGUUUAUUUCAUCCUAGAGAAGGAGAUAGCCAACACCUCCAUGUCCAUGCUGUUCUCCAUCAAUCCAGAGAACGGUAAUCUUUACGCGCUGAAAACUUUUGACUAUGAGAUCGAGAAGGAGUUUCUUUUCCACAUCGAGGCCAGAGACUCUGGCUCUCCUCCACUCAGCAGUAACGUGACCGUCCACAUCAUUAUUGUGGACCAGAACGACAACGCUCCGGUUAUCGUCUCUCCGUGGCGCGCACACGGCUCGGUGGUGGAGGACAAGAUCCCCAGAUCCACCGAUAAAGGCUCCCUGGUUGCCAAGGUGAUAGCCUUAGACACCGACUCGGUUCACAACUCUCGGAUUACCUACCAGUUUCUACAGGUGACUGACGCCACCUUGUUCAGUCUGGACCAGUACAACGGAGAGGUCCGGACCAUGAGGAUGUUCAGUUACAGAGAUCCGCGCCACCAGAGACUGGUUGUUGUUGCCAAGGACAACGGGGAGCCUGCUCUCUCUGCUACAGUCACCAUCAAGCUGUCCACAGUGGAGACCGCCGUUAAGGCCUACUCUGACAUGACUGAGGUGCCUCUGGAGUAUGACAUCUUCUCAGACCUAAACCUGUAUUUGGUGAUCGGUCUGGGCUCGGUGUCGUUUCUCCUGCUCAUCACCAUAUUGGUCACCAUCGUGCUCAAGUGUCAGAAACCCAAGGCCAGCAAAGCGGCUCCUCCCUGCAGGAACAGUGUGAUCAGUGAGAGGAACUCCACCAUCGCAGAUUCCACCUUGGUCUCCAACGAUGCCUACUGGUACAGUCUGUUUCUAGCAGAGACCAGGAAAGGAAAGCUGGUGGUCAGACAGCCUCUGCCAAAGGGCUCCAGGUACAUCGUGUCCAGUUUACCAAGAGGCACAGGACUGACAGAGACUAGUGACUCAGCAGCUUCUACUCUGCAGGUAGGAAUCCGUACACAGACAUUUGUUUUUUAUAUUUAUCAUUUUUCAGUAUUAAGUAUUAAUUUAUUCUGUAUUGGAGAAUUUUUUAAGUAA